UCUGCAUACAGUAUCUGAGUGAUCACCCAUGGGUGGAGGAUGAAUGCUACUCCAUUACGCUGAGCACAUCCCAAGUCGCUCGCCUUGGGUCAGCCACCACUCACCACCCACUUGUUUGCCACGAGCACUAGAUGGUGGUGCGGAGUAUAAAUUAAAGAUGGGGCUCCUCUGCCCUCCAAAAGUUCUGUUGCAUUGCCAUCGGAUACCAUCGGAUAUAUGAACACUACCCUACUCUAGACUCUAGUCUAGUGUUGCAAAUUAGUACCAAGAACAAGAAAGAAGAUGCGGGGUAUGAGGAGCUCAAGCAGCAGCCUAGUGGCGGCAGCAGCACUGCUGCUCUUCUGCUGCUUCACCACUGGGCACGCCAAUGGCGGCGGUCUUAGGCUGGGUUACUACUCGGCGAGCUGCCCGCGGGCGGAGGACAUCGUCAGGGAGCAGGUGGCGCAGCUGUACGACAAGCACGGCAACACGGCGGUGUCGUGGCUGCGCGCCCUGUUCCACGACUGCAUGGUCGGGUCCUGCGACGCGUCGCUGCUGCUGGACACGAGCGCCGCCGCGGGCGUCUCCGAGAAGUCCGCCCCGCGGAGCUUCGGCAUGCGGAACUUCAAGUACGUCGACGCCAUCAAGGCGGCGCUGGAGCGGGAGUGCCCCGGCACCGUCUCCUGCGCGGACGUGCUCGCCCUCGCCGCGCGGGACGGCGCCGCCGCGCUCGGCGGGCCCCGCGUCGCCAUGCGCACGGGCCGGCGAGACAGCCGGGCGAGCCGCUACGCCGAGGUGGGGCGCGACAUCCCCAACCACAACGACAGCGUGUCGGCGGUGCUGUCCCGGUUCGCGGCGGUGGGCGUGGACGCCGAGGGCGCGGUGGCGCUGCUGGGUGCGCACUCCGUCGGCCGCGUGCACUGCUUCAACCUGGUGGGGCGGCUGUACCCGUCGGUGGACGCCGGCAUGGACCCGGCGUACGGAGCCUACCUCCGGGGGCGGUGCCCGACGGCGGACGCCAGGGAGGACACGCGCGACGUGGCGUACGCGCGCAACGACCGCGCCACGCCCAUGGUGCUCGACAACAUGUACCACAAGAACCUGCUGGCACGCAGGGGCCUCCUCCUCGUCGACCAGCGGCUGGCUGACGACCCCCGCACCGCGCCCUUCGUCGCCAGGAUGGCCGCCGACAACGCCUACUUCCACGACCGCUUCGCCGCCGCGCUCCUCACCAUGUCGGAGAACAACCCGCUCGCCGCCGACGAGGGGGAGGUCAGGCGCGACUGCAGGUUCGUCAACUCGGCAUGAUCGAUUCAGGACUGCUUGCCGUGCUCCAUAUGGUGUAUGGUCAGGACGAAAAUGCUAUAAAAAUCAAGGCCCGUCUAUCUUAUCUUAUCUUAUCUGUGCAAUAAAAAAGUGCACUUCCGCAGUAAUUUAUACUCCAUGUGUGCUGUGGUUCAAUUCUUUGCAAAUGACUAUUGGGAGCAUGGAACAUCAA